CGCACGCAGAUCAGUGAGGAAUGAGCCAGCCUGCUAAGACCUGCCCUCAGGAGGCUGAAAAGAGAGGAAAAGCGGUAAAAGAAGAGUGAGAGCGAAGGAGAUAAAUGAGCACAGAACAAAGAAGUGUACACACACUUGCUGGGAUUACAAUAAGUUUUCAUUGUUUACAUGGUCUUCUGUAAAAAAAACAGAAGAGGCAACAAACAGGUGUGAGUAGAUGUGUGACAGCGGUGUGUGUGAGGACAAGCCCCCCGCCCCCCCUGUCAGGAUGAGCAGCCAAGGAGGAGGAGCCAAGGAUCCUCAGUCAGCCAAUCACAGCUCUCGGCCACUGCCGUCUGUACCAGAAGAGAGGAAGCCCAGAAACAAGAUCAUAUCAAUAUUCGGCUCUGACAAAGGAGGUAGGAAAAAGGAAAAGGAAAAGGACAGACCAGAGAUUUCCUCUCCAUCGGAUUUUGAGCACACCAUCCAUGUAGGCUUUGACGCAGUGACUGGAGAGUUCACUGGUAUGCCAGAGCAGUGGGCACGCCUUCUACAAACCUCCAACAUUAGUAAAUCAGAACAGAAACAGAAUCCUCAGGCUGUCCUUGACAUUCUCAAGUUCUAUGACUCCACUAGUGGAAAACAGAAAUACCUCAGUUUUUCUGCCUCAGAUAAAAGCUCUCAGUUGUCAGGCAAGCAGGGUACGGUGGUCUCACCAUCAAGCGGUAAGGAUGGCGAUGAAGACGAGGAUGAUGACACGCCACCACCAGUCGUGGCCCCACGGCCAGAGCACACAAAAUCAGUAUACACACGAUCAGUGAUAGACCCACUCCCAGCACCAGAGGGUGAUGCAGCCUCUAAAACAGCAGACAAACUGAAGAAGAAGGGUGGCAAGAUGACUGAUGAGGAAAUCAUGGAGAAACUUAGAACUAUUGUCAGUAUUGGAGAUCCUAAAAAGAAAUACACCCGCUAUGAGAAGAUCGGCCAAGGGGCUUCUGGUACAGUUUACACAGCCAUAGAUGUUGCCACAGGACAAGAGGUGGCGAUCAAACAGAUUAAUUUGCAGAAGCAACCAAAGAAAGAGCUGAUCAUUAACGAAAUUCUGGUAAUGAAGGAGAUGAAGAACCCCAACAUUGUCAACUUCUUAGACAGCUUUCUUGUGGGGGAUGAGCUGUUUGUGGUGAUGGAGUACCUUGCCGGUGGAUCUCUAACUGAUGUUGUGACAGAGACGUGUAUGGAUGAGGCUCAGAUCGCGGCUGUCUGCAGGGAGGUUCUUCAGGCUCUGGAGUUUCUUCACGCCAACCAAGUCAUCCACAGAGACAUCAAGAGUGACAAUGUGCUACUGGGCAUGGAUGGAUCAGUCAAACUGACCGACUUUGGCUUCUGUGCUCAGAUCACUCCAGAACAGAGCAAACGCAGCACCAUGGUCGGGACUCCAUACUGGAUGGCUCCUGAGGUGGUCACCAGGAAAGCCUAUGGACCCAAAGUAGAUAUUUGGUCUCUGGGCAUUAUGGCUAUAGAGAUGGUGGAAGGAGAGCCUCCGUACCUUAACGAGAACCCUCUCAGGGCAUUGUAUUUAAUUGCCACCAAUGGGACUCCUGAGCUGCAGAGUCCAGAGAAGCUGUCUCCCGUCUUCAAGUCCUUCCUGUCUUCCUGCCUGGAAAUGGAUGUGGAGAAACGAGGUUCAGGCAGAGAACUGCUGCAGCACCCAUUCCUGAAGCUGGCCAAGCCUCUCUCUAGCCUUACUCCCCUCAUCCUGGCAGCCAAGGAGGCCAUGAGGAGCAACCGCUAAAUCCCAGUAAAGACUCUAAGAGCUAAUGCCAUUGACAAAUGAACCAAUCUGCCUCCUGUGCUAGCCUGCGUAUGACGACUAUCAGCAAGCUGUUAGUGUCCCAAACACUCCCUGGUGCUUCUGUAAAAGUUUUCUCAACUUUGUAUCUUUCUCAUGAGCUCUUUUGUAAUAUUUUCUGCUUCUCCUGCAGUUGCUGGAUGUGCACGUUGUUUCUGUUGCCACUGUUUACUAUGGUAGCUAACAGCUUGUCCACUUUUGCACUUCCCUUUUUUUGGGGGGGGUGGGGGUGUCAGACCAGACUUGGGGAAGCUCACUGGUUAUUGUGCACCAUAUUUCUAGGAGCUCAUUAUUUAUAAGACUUUUACUUGCACAUAAAGUGAAACAACUUGAAGAAGUCUAUUGUUAAAAAAAGUGGGGUGCAGGUAUGUUUACAAAGAGAGGAAAAUCCUAGAAAUUUGGUGUGUGGUGAUUGCAGUCAGGUUACAGUCAUUUUGAUGUCAAUAUUUGUGCAAACAUUUGUGACAGGAUUGUUUAAAAUUGAUGUGGAAAACUAAAGCGAACCAAUAAUCUGAUGUGUUGUCCAACAUGUUGCAGUGUAGAAUAGUGGGAAAAACCAUACCACUGUCAUUAUGUGAUCCACUAUUUAAUCACAUCAGUCCUGCAAAGGGAAGCCAUUUAUUUAUUUAAAUUCUUUUUUUUUUUUUACUUUUUAUCUCAACAUUUUAAGUCAGUGCAUUGCUCUUUUUUAAUUUCUGAAUGUCUGCCUUUUGGUGGAAAUAUAGUGUUUAAAGGCACAAAAACAAACACUAUCAUGAAGUGGACUGUGACUUCAUUUUGUGCAGGCUCUUGUACAAACUAUGCAGACAUUCCUGGUGACUUUCACGUGGAACAGUCUGCCUUACACCUGGAAUGCUGCAAACCAUACUUCUAUCCUUUUGGACAUUCUGUAUGUCUAAAGCUGUGCCUUUUUAACUGAUGCCUUAAUGUUGGUAGUUUGGAGCAAAUGCAACAAAACUGCAGAAUGAAAACAAUUGAAUUUGUUGAACUGGAGGAAGAAUCAGCUUUUUUGUAUAUUAUAUACUGCUGAUGUUUCAGAUUUUUUUAAAAGUAUGUAUAACAUUGUUUUAUUAGUUGUAACUAUCAUCAGAUGAUUUUUUUUUUCUUGCUGUGUGUUCGUGUGUGUGUUCUGAUUCAUCUUCCAUUCCAGAAGGUAGAGGUUCACACUUCCAAGAAUAAAAUGUAAUGACAUCGCCAACU